AAUGUGGUAGUUUCUUACCAUUGACUCUCGUGCGGCAGGCCUCCUCCACAUACAGACGGACGCCGCGCCCCCGCCGUCUCUCCAUGGCGCCGCCCCUGCUCCUCCCUUUCCCCGCCCUUGACCGACGCUCACCGAGCUCCCCACAGCCCCCAUGGCGCCGCCGCUUCCUGCUGGAUCUCCUAAACAGUCGCGGGCUGGGCGGCGGCGCCACCCCCGGAUCUGGAACGGGCUGGGCGGUGUGAAGAGGAGCAGCGACGGCCGUCGACUGCCUCUAGUCGGUUGGCCGGGGUGCGACGUCCUCCGGUAGUUGACCAGCGCGGGGAAGUUGGCGGUUGGUGGCGGACGUUGCCGGCGAUUUGAACUACGCGAUAGCUUAUCAGCUGGACCAGGUACUCAUUACUCUUAUUAGAAAAGGGAGGAAGGUGGAACGAAGCAGAAAUAGCAUCAGCUCCAUGUCGUCAUUAUGUGUGCGUACAUGGAAACGAUGAGAGAAAUCUCCAACAUGUGCGGCCUACCUUACUACAUCAUGUCGUCACUAUGUGAAGAUCCAACGCUUGUCCGCAGUGAGCAUGUUCGUUGGUUCAGACUUGAUCUGCCUGCAUAUGCAAUGUUGUCAUGGUGGCAACAGGAUGUGAUGCCUGCCAGGCAGCACGUCAGCCUUAAUUAGCAAACAGCAUGGCAGCGAACAAAGAUGUACCAGGAUGCUUACAGAUUAGUAAGCUAGCUAGCCUUCCCCAUGGAGUGUCUCCGCCUGACGUCGGUCUCCAGCCCUGGCGACGCAUGCAGCAGGCUGCAGGCGGUGGCCGUCAGUCUCAGGACGGCGGCCAACUCUGACGAGCUCCUCACCCGCCUACUCCAUCAUGGCAGAAACCUGGUGUUGGACAACACUGACAUUCAGCAACCAGAUGCUGCUGCUGCUGAAGCUCACUUCUUCCUUCCCAAUGCCAAUUUGAAAGAACCUGCUGAGAAAAUGGUCAAUGUCCACAGACCUCUUUCUGAUCUUCACCAUGAAAUGGACGAUUUCUAUCCAGUUUGUUCUGUGAUGCCCAGCCAGAGUAUUACUGACAAGAAUCACAAUGUCAUAGUUACUCUGGAUCACUCUCAGCAAUCAAAUGCUAAUCCCUCCGGUAAAAAAUGUGUGAUAAUUACGUGCAGACGUUUCACUUCCCCUGUUUCUGCUGCUGACACAACUGCAGAAGCUCCACUUUCCAAUGAUUCUCCAGAUGUGCAGAUUUCUGAUGAAAGGAAGUUCGACGUGAGUUGCCGUCAAUUGUGUAAAAAUGUCGAUGAUGCUUCUAAUAGCAUUAUCAGUUCUGCAAAGCCUCAUGACAAUCGCUCUUCCGAUUAUACCCCCGCAUCCAAAGUUCAGUAUGUAAUCAAGGUUAGCACUAGUUCUUCUAGAAGAAAGAAAACACCUCAUGAUCCGAGGAGAGUUCUUCUCUCAUCCAGUCCUUCUGUCCCUGAAACAAAUCGAUUUCCGGUCUCUGCUCUUGAGAGGAGAUAUUAUGCGGUGUUUUGCAGACUUGCACGGAGUGAAAGAUAUCAGUGCAUGACUGCCAUUAUAUAUCGCAAGGUCCGCUGCUCCUACCUCUCUCUUGGUCAGUCAUUGAUGCCAGGGGGUCAUGUCAAUAACUUUCUGAUUUCUGUUUUCUGCCGGAAAUUGUUUGAUGAUUGCCAUCCAUCAGUUUCUAAAAAACAUUACUUCUUCUCUUAUAUUGGGGAAAACAUUCUAAAAUACAAUAAUAAAGAUCAGUUUAAACUCAUAGAAAAUACUUUUGAAGGUGCAAGUCUAGUAAAGAAAAUUGAUGCAUGUGAACUGCUAUUCUUUCCUAUAUGCCAUUGUAAGCACUGGUUUUUAUUUGUUGUCGACCUACAAAACCGUCAAUUUGUAUUUAUGGAUUCCUUGUUCCAUAAGAAGUCUCGUUAUCAAGUUGUGGUCAGCGAGAUGCUUGUUGGUAAUUUCCAACAUUUGUGGAACGAGAUAGUUGAUCCAGAGUAUAUCUUCGAUAAUUUCAGAAUUGUCUAUCCUGAUAUGCCAAGACAAGGAAACGGGAAUGAUUGCGGUGUCUUUGUGAUGAAAUGUAUGGAAAUCUGGACUCCUAGAGUUGUUCUUCAUGAUUAUUUCUCAAGAGUCAACAUUCCAAAUAUACGGAUACAAUACGCGAAUCAGCUGUUCUUCAGUUCUAAGAAUACCGCUGAUAAGUCUCUGGUAACACAUUUCCUUCGAGAGGGCAAAUUUCAUCGUGUCAGAAAGAGUGUAACUUCAGAGUCCAACGUGUCUCGGUAACCAGGACAGAGGAGAAAUAGAUAUUGUUUCACAGACGAAUGUGUCUCAGUAAACAGGACAUAGGAGAAAUAGAUACUGUACUAGGACCAUGCCCGCUUGUUGCCGCAGAAAAUUGUGAUUACGUUUUCAUUGAUGGUUUUAGCCAAAUUAGUUGUAUGUCAUCUAUUGUUAUGGUGCAGUAAACAUUGGCGAGAAACAAAGAAUGACAUGCACCUAGAUCGAAGAUUGAAGACAACAAAGUAGUGCAGCAAAGUACAUUCCCAAUCACCAAAUGAAGAAUCUGUGGACGCCUGAGUGUGGUUUCCCAGCUCCUUAAUAUCCA